GGAUCACUUUCAAUACGACGCCGUAAAGUGAGUUUACGAAGACACCACUUUCUUCUUCCUCUCGUUGUGGCCGUCGUCGUCCUUCCGCUCCCAGCUGGUAAUUCCUCACCCUUCCAGUUUGCUUCCCUCGUUUUCAACAUUGUGAGUUCGUUUGAGGACACAGAAAUGAGGGAAUUUAUGUGGCUGGUUCUUCUAGCUGGUAGUUUUUGCUACUCUGCGUUUGCUGACCAGAUCUUCCCAGCUCAAUUAGGUGGUACAUUUAGUCGCAACUCUCGUGGGCCAAAAUACAAUAUUGAAUUCCAUCCAGAAGACUCGCCUUACAAUCCGGAUGAUGACCAGGAAUCUGUGUUUAUGCCCAAAAAAAAUGGAAAAAAUUACUUAUGUUACUUGCCUAAGGUGGAGAAAUCCAAGAGUGAAAAGUCAGCUAUUCUACCGAACAUGACUAGCAUGAUUAUGGAAUCUGAGAAGCGGGUUAAAUUGAAGACUCCAGAUGAGCUACUUGAGGCAUUAAAAGAGCAAUGCUUUGUCAGGCAAGAGGGUUGGUGGACAUAUGAAUUUUGUUACCAGAAAACACUACGACAAUUUCAUUUGGAGGAUGAUAAGGUAGUUCAGGAGUUUGUAUUGGGUGUCUUUGAUGCAGAGGAAACCGCUAAGCUCAAUGAGAAUCUCUCUGAUAUAUCUACUUUGAAGGAUCCUCGCUCCAAAGAUGCAUCACAAAGGUAUCAUGCUCAUCAUUACACAAAUGGAACCAUGUGUGAUCUCACAAAUCGACCACGAGAAACUGAGGUUAGAUUUGUUUGCUCGGAGCCAAGAGCGAUGAUUGACUCUAUCACAGAACUAUCAACAUGCAAAUAUGCCCUUACAGUGCGAUGCCCGACGCUUUGCAAGCAUCUGUUAUUCCAGGAAGAGAGACCAGUGUGGUACACCAUUAACUGCAACGUGCUCCCUGAUGAUUACAAGGAUACAGAGUCGAGUGAAGACUUAGAAGACGAGAUUGUCAUGGUUACAGACGUCAAAUACCCAAAAAAUGAAUCCGAAGAGUAAUGUGAAUAUUUAUAUCGUAGAAGUUUUAACAACCAAACUAACCUUACAAAAGAAGCCAUUCCUCUGUAGAUUUGGAUUCUAUUCUCGAAUUCAAAUAUACAGUUGCUAUGGAGAUCAAUCCACCGAUUUUCAGGCCCCACGACGAACAACUCCCAUGUGGAAUUUCAUAUGCUUUGAUCCUAUCUGAAUAUAGGUCAACCUGAAAGCUACUGAUAUGGCAGUCGUUUAUGGGAUUUAUUGUAUUGGACAAUGAUUCAACUUAUUGGAGGGGAAAAGCAGGGAGUUUGAAUUGGUAAACUCAUAGCUUGCUUUUAUUGAGACAUUUACAACACUUCCACAAUAACCACGAUUGAGAGACUAUUAUUUGAGUCAAUAACAUCGUAUGGAUCUCAGAGAGAUCCAAAUUUCUUUUGUUA